AUGAGCAACUACAGCAGGUCCGCUGACAUUUACCAUCUAGCCAGAGCGGCCACCGAUGUUGCUGAGAAACAUGACCUGCUGGUGGCUAAAAUUGUUGCCAUCGUGGUGCUGCUGGUGGUCACAUUAAUUUUUUGCUUCAUUCCCUAUGCACUGGAUCGUUGCUUCAAGUGGACAAAAAAUCAGGCAACGACAAAUGCGCGGGAGUUUGUGGUGGUGCUGUGUCUGCUCAACUUUGGCGGUGGUGUGCUCAUAGCCACAACAUUUAUACACAUGUUGCCAGAGGUGAUUGAAGUGGUUGAUGCCUUGCAGCAGUGCGAUAUGUUGGUAGCCACCCCAUUCGGACUGCCCCAGAUGCUAAUGUGCACAGGAUUAUAUCUAAUGUAUUUCAUUGAGGAGACGAUGCAUUUCUUUGUGCGGCGGCGACAGGAAAAAAAGCGCCUACUGGAAAUGCAGAACAACACAGCCUGUAUUACCAAUGAGGUUACCAUAACCACCACAACGGAGGUCGUUGAGGUGGCGAUAGCUCCACCGAGCUCCCCUGUAGAGGAGCCCAACUGGUUGCGCGGCCUGGGUAUUAUUGUCGCUCUGUCGCUGCACGAGCUCUUUGGCGGCAUGGCUAUUGGCCUGGAGCCCACCACGGAUACUGUGUAUUUUAUGAUGGGCGCCAUUGCGGCCCACAAGCUUGUACUUGCUUUCUGCAUCGGAUUGGAGAUCAUGAUGGCACGCACACGGCUCUUGCUGGCCAUUAUAUAUCUGCUGGUCUUCUCGAUUGUAACUCCAAUAGGCAUUGGCAUUGGAAUUGCUGUCAGCGAGACAGCAAGUGCUAAUCAGCCCAGUAUUCCGUCCGGCAUACUCCAAGGAAUCGCUUGUGGCACACUACUUUAUGUGGUCUUCUUUGAAAUCGUAACCAAGGAUCAUGCUGGCUGGCGGGUGUAUCUCUCGUCCCUCGUUGGAUUUCUAUUAAUGUUUGGACUGCAAAUAUUAAUUGAUGAGGCUUCGGGCAAAAGCUCGUAUGAAUGUCCCUAG